GACUCGCUUGCAAUACACGUCGCACAACAAAAUGCCGGUCUUCUAGUCACCAGGAUGGACGAUGAAUUCCUGUUCGAAUCCAUGGAGCUCCUGGCGAGCGACGCCGCUGUGACGGCCUGCAAAGGCCGCCUGGUAAGAAACUUCCCGGGGCAGUCCGUGGGCAUCAAGGCCGGCGUUCUGGAUGGCGACCAGUUCCGAGAGACCCUCAUAGACGUCAUCGUCAAGCUCGACCAAGAAUCUGCCUCUUCUACAGGACCUGACAAUACGAUAAAGCAUGCCAAAAUACCAGACACAACACACCCGAGGCUCGUCACCGAGAUGAUCAUGUCGGUCAUCCUUGCAUUCGGCCGGCCGGUAGACACGGUGGUCAUUCGCAAAAAUACCCGAAGGGGAGUGUUACUCGGUCAUGGCCCGGUUCCCUGGCGUAGAUCACCGCUAUGGUUAUUGAUCAGAGUAGCGCUUCAGCUCUCCCUCGAACGCCUCGCGAUCAAGUUUCAAUCCAAGGGAGCCAGACACUCUCUAUAUAAACAGGCCAUGAUUUGCAUUAUGGCCCGUUUGCUGAACGUGGCCACCGAACACGGCGGUGUUCCUCACGAUAUGCUCUAUAGCAUGAGGGCCAAGAUAUCGCGGCGCAUGCUGAAACUGAGCCCGGACGCG